AUGAGCAUCCUUCGGAAUGCUUUACUAAAAGAAUUUAAAGAUGAAAAUGAUUCUACAGACAAACCAACAGAUUUUAAUAGUUUAAUAAAUGAUCGUAUUAAUAUAUUUGAUGAUGAGAAAAUAUUGGAUGAGGAUGAAGAUGCAGAAAAAUUUGAGUCUCCAGCUAUUACAACUGAUCUGGUCAAAAGCAUUAAAAAAAUAAUAUUAAAGUUAUUUGAAAAAUAUUAUAAG